AUGUACGUGCUGGAGGGAUUCUACGAGUCUGUGUACAAUGCGAGGUGGAGCCAUGUCGUGGAAGUUACUGACGGCGAGGGGACGGGAAUGGAGGUGAAGGAGGGGAAACCACCGCAGUCAUGGACUUACAGGGCAGUUGGCGGAUCCCUCGAAAAGGAUGACGGUGUGCAGCAAUCCGGUGCAGAGCGUCUCAGGCUGAUGGUGCUCACCUCGGACAAGGAAUGGCCGUACUCGUGGGAACGGGGGGUGGGUGAAUUUAUUCAUGACUGCUAUUUGAACUGUGAGGUGGAGCGAGUGUGGCAGAUAGUCAAGCGCGAUCUAACCAAGUGGUUCAGCACUUGCGGUAAGAUCAAACCUUCGCCUCAUCCGUGUGUGUUGAUUGGGACGCCCGGGAUCGGGAAGUCGAUGAAUGCCGGUUCGUACCUCCUCUACCAGCUGCUGCACUACGAUGCGGAGAAACUCCAAAUGGUUGCGUACUUUAUUGCGGAUCGAACAUUUCUGUUUGACAAGACCGCCAAAACGGUGUCACUGUACACGAGUGAGGCCAGUAUUCUGAGUAUUUUGGGCAGUUUCUCUCGGCGUGGGGUGAAAGGGUAUAUUAUCUACGACGUGGCAAUGAGGGGUCAUGAACCGUCUACUAGUUUGCCUUGCAAGGGAUGGGGCAUGAUUGUGGUGACACCACCAGACAAAAACAACUACGAAUCGUGGGCAAUGCAAAUGGGAGCCGUACAAAUCAUAAUUAAUUGCCCCGAAGAAAACGAUGUGAAGGCAAUGUGCAUGUGGAAGAAGCACAAUGGGCAGCUUGAGGAGGAAGAAGCGAAGGAAGAAGCGGAGGAAGAAGCGGAGGGAGAAGCGGAGGAAGAAGCGGAGGAAGAAGCGGAGGAAGAAACAGAGGAAGAAACAGAGGAAGAAACAGAGGAAGAAACAGAGGAAGAAACAGAGGAAGAAGAGGAGGAAGAAGCGGAGGAAGAAGAGGACUACUGGAAAAAGGUGAAAGAUCGCAUGAAUAAAGUGGGGCCGAUUCUCCGCUUCAUCUUUAAUGAAAAAAAGUCUGAGGCUCGCUUUAUCGCGUGUGAAGAUGCCGUGAAUAAUAUCACUCCUUCGAUGCUACAGUAUGACGCUGGUAUUGGAACUGACAACUUGUAUGACGGCAAUCAUGUGUCUCACAAGCUUGUGAAGGUUGUCCGAGUACGACAAGAAGACAACAUUGAAUCGCCUUUGAAUGUACUGAUAUCCCCCUACCUCGAACGUAAAACAUUGGCCAAGAUGAAAAGAGAAAUGAAGCAGACGGAUUUUAUUUUUCUCUUGUUGAGUAUUUGGGAUUAUAUCUUACCAUAUCUUAUUGAAAAGUAUGCCGUAUCCGCAUUUUUGAAUGAGGAGUUCCUACGUGCGAUAAGACUUAAAAUUGAGGAACUGAAGCCAAGGGGACGACCUAGGUCACACAGCUGUGCGCUGGUAAAGUAUUCGUACGAAAGCUUCACCAGGAAAGAGUUUUUACAAGUACCAGACAACCCUUCUAAUCGGAUCGCCAUAGAGUACAGUGUGCUGUAUCAACCGAAGGUCAAAAACUUUCCGUUGGUAAACGGCUUUUUCUUUGUGGACUCAAAUCCAAUGACGCUGGUUGGGCUGCAGAUCACUACGGCGGGUGAGCAUCACACCAAAACCAGCACUGUGAGGCAGUUCACGGAGUAUCUGGCGGCAUAUUUUAAUGAUUGGGAGGAAUUGUCCCGAGAAAUGUCGUGGGAGAUUAUUUAUGUGCAGCACAAAGACAACAAGCCGCUAACUGGCUGGCAGAGAUGUGAUCUUGUCAAUUCCGAUAAUUUGAGCGACGAUGAAAAAAGGAUUGCGGCGUUCUGGAAGGAAAAGGUGCAUCAGUACCGAGCAGCAGUAUCAUCCGCUGACGCCAGAAGAAAGAAAGCUCUCCGGGGGUGA